CUGGCAAUGUUUCCCCAUCCCAGGCAGCUUGGAAUUCUCCUCUCCCGGAAGGAAAACAGAGAUCCAUCCAAAUUGCCUGUGAGCCUGCGGCCAAGGGAAGCCUCUGGUCCAGAGCUGCGGCGGGAAAAGCUAGAGAAGGACCGGGAGCCGGCAGCCGCAGGCCGGGAGUGGCCUCGCCUGCACCUUCGGACCAGCCCCAAGGCUCCUGGAGUCAGAAAAGGAACAAUAGCGGACUCUCGGUCGCCCGAGCCACCCGGAGUCGCAUUCUCCCGCCUUCCUCCUGAGCUCCUCCAAGUUCGGCGCGGAGGCGGGUCGAGCACUCGGGCGAAGACCCAGCGGAGCGAGCCUCCGUGCGGGCCAGGCAGGUGGGACGGGGUGCUGCAGCGAGGGCGCACCCAGAACGCCCUGCCGGGGGCCGGUCAUUCAUUCCUACCCGCGCUCCCUUCUCGGCAACCCCGCCGCCCCUGCCGCGCGCCCUUCCCGGCCAGCCUGCGAGUCGCGGGGGCCGAUGCAGAAACGGAGUUUCAAGGAGAUCCAGCAAUUUGCCCAAAUCAUAGAACCAGAAAGAGUGGGACCAAAAAAUCCAAGCUUGGGAUGUCCAGCUCCAGAGAGGUCCUCUCCUGCACUACUCCUUAUUGCCUGCAGGCCACCUCUGUUUAUAAACGACUCUCGUGUGGAUCUCAUUAUUUCUCCCACUUCUGGCAGAGGACCGGAUAAGAGAGGGCUAGAACCCAGGCGACGUCACCUUGGAACAGGUAACAAACACCCAAAGCUCCAUCUAGGUGGCCCCUCCUUGCGUAGAAGGAACACUUUGAGACAAUCCAAAUAAUCAUCGUGCUGCCAAGUUGGUUUUUCUGCUACACACGUCAGAACGUCCAGUAAAUAUCCUCCCAUUGAGGUGGCGGAGGAGGGCACCAGGAGGAGCUCCUGAACAUCCAGAAGGCAGUUAGGUGUUAUCAAAAGGGUCAGAAAAGGGGCUGUCACAAAGUUCCACAGUCAGAUGCAAUAUCUUGGCAUGUAAAUCCGUGAGUGUGCUAAGCACAGGUUUUCUUCCAUCCUCUGCAGUGUGCCAUGAUAUUGGCCACCCAUUAAAAUCACCUGCCUUUAAAAAUCACCAGUUGCCUUGGCCUCAUGCCCUAGAAAACGAUUAGAGUGGUCUGGUGUGGGCCCAGGCAUCGUCAUUUUAUACCCUCUCCCUAGGGAGCGGGGCCACAUUGUGCUGGGCUGUUCCUGAUAUGCCUGGAGCAUCUGUUUCUCGAUUUAGCAUUGCAAGCAAAGUGAUACUAGGUGAAGCGGGUGGAGUGGUUCUUGCAAAGGCCCUUGCAACAGUCACUGUUCCAGAAUGAUUUCUUGAUAGAGUGAUUUGAAACCAAGCCGCUGUUUUUGUUGGCCUGGUUCUCUUUUCUGUUAUGGCAUUAAACCUGAGCUCCGAAUUUUUUGUCUUCUUCAUUGAGAUCAACUUCUGCCUGUGAGAUAUUUUAAUGUGUGCUUUCCUCCUAUCCAAAUAGUGCAUCCAUAAUAAUCCUGCGUACUACUUUUGCUGAGGCGUUGUUUCGCAUCUGUUAAGGCUUCUUGUUUAUGUUGUUUGAAGGUUUUGUAGCCAUUUAGCUUCUGUCAUUCAUUUUCACAUUUCCAUUUUUGUCACUCUCUUCACAAUCCUUAAGAGACUAUGUGAGGUCGAUCACUUGUUGUUUUCAAAAUUGGUCUUUUGACUGUGCAAGUGAACACAUUUUUAAGAGACAUUUUUCACAGCAGAAUGUUAUUGCUUAAGAUAUAUGACUGCAGUGUGAAGAUAUUUAACAAAAUUCCACAAGUCCUUUGUUUGUUUUGCCUUAAUACAAAUUCUUCAGCUAUCUAAAUAUGUGCCUUAAGCAGGUUUCGCACAUUCAGGACAGAGGUUCUUCUAAGGUAAAGUUAUCAUUCUUCCUUUGCCUUCUCUUUCAAAGACAGUCCUGUAACUUAUUGUUCUAGACUUCCUGUUUGUGACAGUGUUCUGACUGUCCUGUGACAUGCCAGAAGAGAGAAGGACAGAAGUAGGGGAACCAGAAAGAUCCCUGUGGACAUGUUCCUUCAACAGAGCUAAAGUGGGACAGAGAAGGUCUCUAGAAGCCAGCAGAGCAGAAGCAGGAAAAGAGACCAUGUUGACUUCCUCCCAUGGAUUCCUAGAACCCUUAGAACACAAAUGCCAAGAAGACAAAUUGGCUUCACAAUAGUAGACCAAUAAAAGGGAGAAGGGCACUGUUCUGGUGUUAAGAAUAUCAAGGUCACUAUUAGCCAACCAGAGGGGACCUUGCUCUGUAGAAUUAUGUAACAGGGAAGGGAAUUUUGGAGGCCCUUUGAGAGAACCAGAAGACUAAGUUGGCAGUGAGUUGGUCUGGGAAAUUUGCCACCAAAAGACCCAGCGGCCAGGGACAAAGAGAGGGAGGUGGAGGUCUGAGUGGGUCUCAUAUUUGCUUUGUGGGUUUCUGGAAAGUACUUUAAAACAUUUUAAUUUAAACUGUGUGCCUUAA